UAUCAGGCAGUUACUUAACUUUUAUUCAUUUUCAACAAGAUAAAACUUUGAGGACCUUUAUUUCAACAAAGUGAUGCCUCCCGAUGGAAUAGUGACAUACCUCUGGUUGUUAUUUUGCUGUCGGAUAUGCUUCGGAAAUAUCAGGAGGAUACCCGAAGAUGAAGUACAUUCAGUCUCAAGACGCUUCAUUUUUGACAGCAACCACCACUUCACAGGCUGGUCGUCAUGGCAACAGUACGCGGCAUGCUCUACCUUAUGUGUAAGCGGGUAUGAAAAACAAACGAAGGAAUGCUGUGACACAGGGGACAAUAGACUUUGCUAUAACAUUCCAUGGGAACAACUUAAAAGCAGAAUUGGGACAUGCCCGAAUGACGGUCAAUGGGAAACGUGGGAGACCUGGUCAGCUUGUACCGACACGUGCGGACAUGGAGUCCAGCAAAGAGCACGCUCGUGUGUGUUUGACCAAAAUAGACCACAUUGGCAAGACUGUCCUGCAGGAGGCGGAAUCGAGAAACGGUCUUGUGCCAAGCAAGAUUGCCAGGUUGACGGAGUGUGGGCUGACUGGGGUGCCUGGCACAUUUGUACAGCCUCAUGUGGCGGGGGCACGCAGGAGCGUACCAGAGUUUGCUCAUUUAAGAAGGGAUCGCCUCAUGGUGCAAACUGCACUGGAGAUACCCACGACAGUCAGCCAUGCGAAACACAGUUUUGUCCAGUGGACGGAGUACUGACAGACUGGUCGAAAUGGACUUACUGUUCGACCACGUGUAACGGCGGUACCAGGUUCAGAACCAGACGAUGUAUAUUCCCGAACAAUGUUCCACAUGGUGCUGACUGUAUAGGUUCACUUCAAGAUCAGGAACCCUGCAACGAGUCCCCAUGCCCAAUUGACGGAGUGUGGGCUGACUGGGGUGCCUGGCACAUUUGUACAGUCUCAUGUGGCGGGGGCACGCAGGAGCGUACCAGAGUUUGCUCAUUUAAGAAGGGAUCGCCUCAUGGUGCAAACUGCAUUGGAGAAACCCACGAAAGCCAGCCAUGCGAAACACAGUUUUGUCCAGUGGACGGAGUACUGACAGACUGGUCGAAGUGGACUUACUGCUCGACCACGUGUAACAGCGGUACCAGGUUCAGAACCAGACGAUGUAUUUUCCCGAACAAUGUUCCACAUGGUGCUGACUGUAUAGGUGCACUUCAAGAUCAGGAACUCUGCAACGAAUCCCCAUGCCCAACUAGAAUAACAACAAGUACAACAACAACAAGUACAACAAGUGCAUCAACAACACCACCACCAACAACAAAAUCAGGUCAGGCAUUAUGGUCAGAAUGGAGCAAUAAAACUCCUUGCUCUGCAUCUUGCGGACCAGGAUAUGGUGAAAAGACACGUACGUGCUCCACCGGAAGUACAGCAGAUUGCAUGGGAAAAUCAUGGAGUGUGUAUGCAUGCAAUUUAGGCGAUUGUGUCGCUAGAAUAACAACAAGUACAACAACAACAAGUACAACAAGUGCAUCAACAACACCACUAACAGCAACAAAAUCAGGUCAGGCAUUAUGGUCAGAAUGGAGCAAUAAAACUCCUUGCUCUGCAUCUUGCGGACCAGGAUAUGGUGAAAAGACACGUACGUGCUCCACCGGAAGUAAAGCAGAUUGCGUGGGAAAAUCAUGGAGUGUGUAUGCAUGCAAUUUAGGCGAUUGUGUCGCCGGAAUAACAACAAGUACAACAACAACAGCAGCAACAACAACAACUCCAAAACCAGUUUUGCCAUCCUGGACGGAAUGGUCUGCAUAUUUAUCAUGUCAGAAAUCGUGCGGUAUAGGCGUGUCGGUCAGGUACCGUAACUGUAGUACGGGAGUUAACUCUGAUUGCACCGGCAAAACUUAUCAGCUAACGCCCUGUAAUGCUGGGCCUUGCAUAGCUGGAAUAGCAACAACAACAACAAGUACACCAACAACCCCACCAACAACAAAAGCAGGUCAGGCAUUAUGGUCAGAAUGGGGCUAUAAGGUUGUUUGCUCUGCAUCUUGUGGACCAGGAUAUGGUGAAAAGACACGUAUGUGCUCCACCGGAAGUAAAGCAGAUUGCACUGGAGAAUCAUGGAGUGUGUAUGCAUGCAAUUUAGGCGAGUGUAUCGUUAAUGGAGUAUGGACACAAUGGUCGAUAUGGUCACAGUGUUCACUGACUUGUGACGAAGGAGACCGCACGCGCACGCGUAGCUGCUCGUUCCCAAGCGACGCUCCUCAUGGCAACGACUGCUUUGGUCCUGCAACUGACACACAAAAAUGUAAAGAGGCUGACUGCCCAGUUGAUGGAUACUGGGCAAACUGGUCAGCGUGGUCAUUGUGUACUCAAACAUGUGAUCAAGGUCUCAAAUACCGUGCACGCACGUGCCUCUAUGACGACACAAAACCACAUGGUAAGGCAUGCAGUGGUGAAAGAGUGGGCAGGUUGGCAUGUAACGAAGGACCUUGUUCAGUUGAUGGAUAUUGGGCUAACUGGUCAGCGUGGUCAGUGUGUAGUAAAACAUGUGAUCAAGGUCUCAAAUUCCGGGCACGCAUGUGCCACUAUGACGACACAAUUCCACAUGGUAAGGCAUGCAGUGGUGAAAGAGUGGGCAGGUUGGCAUGUAAUGAAGGACCUUGUUCAGUUGAUGGUGUUUGGAGUGAUUGGUUAUCGUGGUCACAAUGUACACACACGUGCAAUGGCGGAAAACAGUCACGUGAACGGGUGUGCACGUUCACGCCUGGAAAGAAACACGGAGCUGAUUGUACCGGGGACGUGAGAGAAUACCGAGACUGCGGAUUACAGGAAUGUGCAGUGACAAUAGCUACAUGGAGUGAAUGGAAUCAACAUACAGACUGUUCACAAUCAUGCGGAUCUAGAGGAUACUACGAAGUACGUAGAAACUGUUCAACUGGUAAUAUGCAGGACUGCGAAGCACUGGGAGGAAAAAAAUGGGCUGUGCGAAGCUGUAACAAUGGACCUUGCCUGACAACUGUUAUCAGGCGAUUAUAUAACUUUUAUUCAUUUUCUACAAGAUUAAACUUUGAGAACCUUUAUUUCAAUAAAGUGAUGCCUCCUGAUGGAUUAGUGACGUACCUUUUGUUGUUAUUUUUCUGUCCGCUGUGCUUCGGAAAUAUCAGGAGGAGACUGGAAGAUGAAGUACAUUUAGUUUCAAGACGAUUCAUUUUCGACAGCAACCACCAGUUCACAGGCUGGGCGUCAUGGCAACAGUAUGCGGCAUGCUCUACAUUAUGUGUAAGCGGGUAUGAAAAACAAACGAAGGAAUGCUGUGCAACAGGGGACAAUAGGCUUUGCUAUAACAUUCCAUGGGAUCAACUGAAAAGCAGCAUUGGGACAUGCCCGAAUGACGGUCAAUGGGGAACGUGGGAGACUUGGUCAGCAUGUACCGUCACGUGCGGACAUGGAGUCCAGCAAAGAGCACGCUCGUGUGUGUUUGACGAAAAUAGACCACAUGGUCAAGACUGUCCCGCAGGAGGCGGAAUGGAGAAACGGUCUUGUGCGAAGCAAGACUGCCCGGUGGAUGCUAAAUGGACAGUAUGGUCGGCUUUUGGUCCGUGCAGCGCCACGUGUGGAGGGGGCUUCCGCGUGAAAUCACGCACAUGCACAUAUCAUCCUACAGCACCAAUGGGCAGAAACUGCACGGGCAGCCGGGAAUUUUCAGAAGAAUGUAAUCCGCAGCCGUGUCCAGUGGACGGAGCACUGACACACUGGUCGAAGUGGACAUACUGUUCGACCACGUGUAACGGCGGUACCAGGUUCAGAACCAGACGAUGUAUUUUCCCGAACAAUGUUCCUCAUGGUGCUGACUGUAUAGGUGCACUUCAAGAUCAGGAACCCUGCAACGAGUCCCCAUGCCCAAUUGACGGAGUCUGGGCUGACUGGGGUGCCUGGCACAUUUGUACAGUCUCAUGUGGCGGGGGCACGCAGGAGCGUGCCAGAGUUUGCUCAUUUAAGAAGGGAUCGCCUCAUGGUGCAAACUGCACUGGAGAUACCCACGAGAGCCAGUCAUGCGAAACACAGAUUUGUCCAGUGGAUGGAGUACUGACAGACUGGUCGAAGUGGACAUACUGCUCGACCACGUGUAACGAUGGUACCAGGUUCAGAACCAGACGAUGUACAUUCCCGAACAAUGUUCCUCAUGGUGCUGACUGUAUAGGUGCACUUCAAGAUCAGGAACCCUGCAACGAGUCCCCAUGCCCAAUUGACGGUGUUUGGCUAGCAUGGUCACCUUGGACCGCAUGCACAGUCACGUGCGGAGGAGGUGUAGAGAACCGCCAUCGUAAAUGCCACUUCCAAAGUAACUUGCCGCACGGCCAGGAUUGUACAGGAACAGCUGUUCAACAACAGUCUUGUGGUACCAGUUUGUGCCCAGUUGACGGUGUUUGGGUAACAUGGUCACCUUGGACCGCAUGCACAGUCACGUGUGGAGGAGGUUUAAAGAAGCGCCAUCGUAAUUGCCAAUUCCCGCCUCGCGUUCCGCAAGGCGAUUAUUGUACAGGAACAGCAGCAGAACAACAGUCUUGCAAUACGAAUACGUGCCCAGUUGAUGGUAUUUGGCUUGCGUGGUCUAACUGGACCACGUGCUCAGCAACUUGUGGAGGAGGAACACAGCGCCGUCACCGUUAUUGUCACUUUGCUCCGCAUGUACCACAGGGAAAUUAUUGUAAUGGGAAGUCUAGAGUCGUUCAGAUUUGCAAUAACAAUACAUGUCCAGUGAUCAAGCCGAGGUCUUGCUUUACUUGCGAAGGACCUCCUGUCAUCUGUGAGAGACUUAAUUCCCCGAGUAAAUGCCCGCCUGAAAAGCAAUUUUGUAUCAACACACUUAACAAUUUCAGGGAUGCAACAAGGACGGUUGAUAUGAGGUGCGGUACCAGAGAGGAAUGUAAGAACGGAUGGUUUGAUAAAUAUGCAAAAGAUAGUAAAUGUACAAAUUUUGACCAAAGUUAUAUCUACACGAACCAGUUUCAUUGCGAGUUUUGUUGUGACACGGACAAUUGCAAUCAGAUAAUCAAUCCUUCCAACAAAUGGAGUCCAAACUUGAUGCCUCCUCAUGGAAUAGUGACAUAUAUUUUGUUGUUAUUUUGCUGUCGGUUAUGCUUCGGAAAUAUCAGGAGGAGACUUGAAGAUGAUGUACAUUCAGUCCCAAGACGCUUCAUUUUCGACAGCAACCACCACUUCACAGGCUGGUCGUCAUGGCAACAGUAUGCGGCAUGUUCUACAUUAUGCGUAAGCGGGUAUGAAAAACAAACGAAGGAAUGCUGUGACACAGGGGACAAUAGACUUUGCUAUAACAUUCCGUGGGACCAAUUGAAGAGCAGAAUUGGGACAUGUCCUAAUGACGGACAAUGGGGAGCGUGGGGCAAAUGGUCAGCAUGUUCCGUCACAUGCGGACGUGGAGUCGUGCAAAGAGGACGCUCAUGCGUGUUUGACCAAAAUAGACCACAUGGUAAAGACUGUCCUGCAGGUGGCGGAAUGGAGAACCGGUCUUGUACCAAGCAAGAUUGCAUGGUUGACGGCGUUUGGCUAGCAUGGUCACCUUGGACCGCAUGCACAGUCACGUGUGGAGGAGGUGUACAGAAGCGCCGUCGUAAUUGCCACUUCCAACCUCAUGUGCCACAAGGCCAGUAUUGUCCGGGAACAGCUGUUAAACAACAGUCUUGCGGCACUAGUUUGUGCCCAGUUGAUGGCGUCUGGUCACAAUGGUCACAAUGGUCAUCCUGUAGUGCAACGUGUAAUUUUGGUUCGAAAACACGUACUAGAAAUUGUACAUAUGACGCUAUGGCACCGCAUGGAAACACUUGCGCGGGAAAAAACUCAGAGACAAAGUUUUGUAGACAUACAUUAUGUGCAGUUGAUGGAAUAUGGUCUCAGUGGACUUCUUGGAGUACAUGCUCAGUGACCUGCGGUUCUGGCGGGACAAGCACGAGACAACGUAAAUGCGCUUUUCCAGUGCCAGGAGCACCACAUGGUAGAGGCUGUACCGGUGUCUCUGUUCAAAAUCGUACAUGUGGCGACAGAAACAAUACCCAGUGUGCAGUUGACGGUGUUUGGAUAGCAUGGUCACCUUGGACCGCAUGCACAGUCACGUGUGGAGGAGGUGUAGAGAAGCGCCAUCGUGACUGCCACUUCCAACCACACGUGGUACAAGGCCAGUAUUGUCAAGGAACAGCUGUUCAACAACAGUCUUGCGGCACCAGUUUGUGCCCAGUUGAUGGCGUCUGGUCACAAUGGUCAAAAUGGUCAUCCUGUAGUGCUACGUGCAAUUUGGGUCGCACAACACGUACUAGAAAUUGUAUAUAUGACGCUAUGGCACCCCCUGGAAACACUUGCGCGGGAAAAAACUCAGAAGCAAAGUUUUGUCAAGAUGAAUUAUGCACAGUUGAUGGAAUAUGGUCUCAGUGGACUGCUUGGAGUACAUGCUCAGUGACCUGCGGUUCUGGUGGGACAAGCACGAGACAACGUAUUUGCUCUUAUCCAGUGCCAGGCGCACCACAUGGUAGAGACUGUACCGGUGUCUCUGUUCAAAAUCGUACAUGUGGCGACAGAAACAAUACUCAGUGUGCAGAUUUCAAAUGCUACGAAUGUGAUACCACUAUACCGGAAAUAUGUGUUGCACUGAAACGUGAGAAGAACUGCCCCGAACCUUACUGUAUCAAUGAAUUUACAAACACUGCGGAUGGUAGAAAACUUCUCGAUAGAAGGUGUGGUACAAAGCUAGAAUGUGAAAAAGAUUGGUGGAGGACGACCAGUGACAGUGACAAAUGCACACUGUUUGACGUCACCCGAACCGUCACUAGCUACGUGCAUUGUACCUUCUGCUGUGUGGACGAACUAUGUAAUGACCAAAUUGUACCACUAUCCAAAUCACUGUAUAAACCAACUUCUUGAGCUCCUAAGAAUUUCGGCACAUAUAUCACUAAAUAAUUCGGUACUUUAAUCUGAUGAAGAAGGAAUAAAUCCAUUUAAUUAUU